UUGACUUGAGAGCCCGAAACACCUAGCUCGUUAGCUUAAUGUGAAAACCUGUUUAAUUGUCAUCUUUUAAAGUCAGUUGUUGGCCUUUUCCCUGCGAAUCUUCUAUCUAAUCUAAGGAACACUAGAAGAAUGACCAUACACGUAGUCUUUACACGUCGUGUCAAAAUUUAAUUUCUUUUGUAAUAUUUUUUUCUGGCGUGACUAUCACCUCUGACUGGAGGAAGUACAAUUGGGUCGUUAAGUUAAGUUGAACGGAGAUUUACCUGCAGUACCAGAGGAGAUGGAUCCUCUGGGUGCUCGCUCUCAGUUUGUAGACAUUCAGACACUUCCUACGUGGCAGCAGCAAUUUGGCGAAGAUGUAGGAGGAAUGGUGCAGGAACAGAGCGACAGCCUGCUCAGCCAACAGGCUUUUCCUUCUCCGUUCCCCUUCAGACCUGACAUCAACAGGAAGAUCAUGCUUUUCGCCGGGGACAUCGCCCUACUUAACUGCACAGCCAUCGUAAACACCAGUAAUGAGUCUCUAAAUGACAAAAACCCUGUUUCCGAAAGCAUUCAUCAACUCGCAGGGCCCGAGCUGCGGGAUGAGCUUCUCAAACUCAAAGGAUGUCGGACAGGAGAGGCCAAGCUCACCAAAGGCUUCAACCUGGCAUCACGGUUCAUCAUCCACACUGUGGGACCAAAGUUCAAGACCAAAUACAGGACAGCAGCUGAGAGCUCCCUCUACAGCUGCUAUAGGAACAUCAUGCAGCUGGCUGCAGAGCAGUCAAUGGCAUCUGUCGGCUUGUGCGUGGUGAGCACCACCAAAAGAGGCUACCCGCUGGAGGAUGCUACACACAUUGCUUUCAGAACGGUGCGCAGGUUCCUGGAGAAUUAUGGAAACAGCAUUGAGGCUGUGGUGUUUGCUGUGUCAGAGACAGAAGAGUCUAUGUAUAAGAAGCUGCUGCCUCUCUACUACCCUCGCUCUGAGGAAGAGGAGAGGUUCUGCCUGCCUCUUAUCCCCGCUGACAUCGGCAACUCCGAGGGUGAACCCGUUGUCCCAGAAAGGCAGAUCCGCAUUGCAGAGAAGCCCGGAACUCUGGAAGACGAUUCUGAGGAGGACAACCUGGAUUCGGAUCUGGGUCAGGUGGGAAAUCACGCCUUUGCCCGGAUGGAGGGAGAUGUGGACAAACAAAGGAAACUGAUCCUGCAAGGCCAGAUGUCGGAGGCGGCCAUGCAGAAACAACACCUGAGGAAUUAUAAUCGCUGGCUGUGUCGAGCGAGGGCUGAGGAUCUGUCGGACAUCGCCGCCUUGAAGGCCUUAUAUCAAACAGGCGUGGACAUCUGUGGCAGGACUGUGAUGGUGGUGGUUGGACGAAACAUUCCUGUGAAUCUUAUAGACCUCGAAAAGGCUCUGCUCUACUUCAUCCAUGUGAUGGACCACAUCACAGUCAAGGAGUAUGUGAUGGUUUACUUCCACACACUGACGGCGGAACACAAUCAACUGAACUCUGACUUCUUGAAAAACCUGUACGACAUCGUGGACGCCAAGUACAAAAAGAAUCUCAAGGCUUUCCACUUUGUACAUCCAACAUUUAGAUCUAAGUUCUCCACGUGGUUUUUCACCACCUUCAGUGUGUCAGGGAUUAAGGACAAAGUCCGCUACCUGGACAGCCUGCAGCAGCUCUUUACCUGCAUCAAACCGGAAGAGAUCGACAUUCCGCCUUUUGUGUUAGAGUACGACAUACGGGUGAAUGGACCCUAUCAUCCCGCCCACUCCUCUGGGCUGUGACGAUGAAUCAGACCUAUCUGGCUGAAGACGGCAGAGAGGCGGCAACCACCUGUCAAACAGACGCCAUUUGAGAAUGAGAUGUUGCCUGUGUGGUCUGACCUCGUCACCUCCCCGACCCAGUUCGGAAGCGCAGCAGAAGGAAACUCUGCUUUUGUUCUGUCUCUGGUGGAAAAAAGGAGAAAAUGAACGGUGGCAGCCCACACUCAGCAGCUUCUGGAGCAGUAAGCACUCAUUCUCACUCAACCCCAGACUAUUUGUGGAACCGCUUUGGUUUUUUGGAUUAUGCCUUACACUAAGAGUUCCUAUUCAGCAGUUUCCUCAAACAUCUCCUAAAUAUGAAGUGUCAUGUCGAGGCUGACAGCUGCUCAAAACUGGCGGUCAUAUCCAAUGCCUUGGACCGCAGCGGCCUAUACUGUCAGGCGCUGACAAACAAUGCUGGACCUUGGAAGAUUGCAUCAUAAUGUGCUUCCACCAUGAAACUUUACUUCAUGUUGAUGAAGUUUGAUGCUGGGGUUCUCUUGUCAUGGCUCUCUGAUGUUGGAGGACAAACACCAACCAGUGGUGGGUUUUGUCAAAAGCAGGAGGACAUUAAUCUGCGGAUAGGCUUUCUUCAAAUAGAUUAAAAAAAAAUCCAACAUUUACAUCAUGUCGGUUUCUCCCAUGUAGCAGAAAAUAAUAUAUUUAUCUCGGUGAUUACAUUUAUCUAUAACUUCCAAACUUUUAUCUAUAACUUCCACCAACCAACAUUAAUCAACUGUUUAGUUUAAAAAAAACAAUAAUGAAAAAAAAAGUUAGGACUCAUAAAAACUAAAGUGAUGCAUUCGAAAGAUGUGACUUUUUACGUCUUAUUAUACUAAUUAUUGUUCUAUGGAUGUCAGGUUCUCACAGCAAACUCAACAGUAACAAAAGUCUAAAGAAUCCUCUUUAUCUACAGUUACAAUCACUGUUUAUCUUCGGACAAAAUUGGCAAAUUUCAGGCAUUACAUUUCUCUGUUUCUUUUAAUCUGCUUCAUUCUAAUUUAAGUGACAGAUUAUCGUAGUCUGGCAGCAUGAUUACGAAAAAGGCAUCUUAAAAUUCUUCCAAAAUACUCCAAUUAAUUCUUUUCAGCUGCAGCUCUGAUCUCCACAGUGAUUAAAAUUGCAGUAUACGCACAUGAAAAAUUUAUUACGAUGACAUUUUUCUUUUUCUUGUUUCGUCAUCUACUCGAGUUAAUACAUUCCCCCGGACAGAUGCCAAAAGUCAGAUCCUAAAAUCUCUCCUAAGGUCUUAUCCACGUCUCCCAUCAAAGGACAUUUGCUGCAAUUCUGUCCAUUCUUCAGAAAAAAAUGUUUUACUGCCACGUCAAGUCCUAGCAACUUAACCCAUCUCAAUUAUGUGCACAACAAUACUGGUACGUUUUCUUUAGCGGCGCAGUUGCCUUCGACACUGAUCUUUCCAUACCACAUUCUUUAACAGACUCCAUCUCAGCCCAAAGGCUCGCGGUACAUUCUAUUUCGUCUGCUGCAUUUCCACCUGUCGUCAAGAAGUCGGCAACCUACAUCUGCAUCUCAGAAUCAUUUCAACCGCGCUGGCAAACACAACGACCUCACACAGUUCUUCACACAUUAUCCACACGAGAUGAAAAUAGACAUCUUUAAAUGAUUUCUCGGGAGCUGUCAGGGACGGCUCUUCACGGUAGAAGUUUUGUAUCUGGACACUCGGUCUUGGGGAAAACGUGGAUUUGAAGGAAAUGCAGACAGAAGCAGGGUCGCGCAGUAAAAAAAAAAGGUCAUGUGACGUGAUGUCGUACAAGGUUUCAAUGGUUUCAAAGUUAAACUAUGUGUUGGAGACCAUUUGAUCAAAAAGAAGCCAAGUUUUUUUGUGGGUGAUUUAUUGUCUAUUUAACUCAAAUUAAUCAGUAAACAUUUAAUCACAUAGUUUGAAAAAAAACAGUAGGAUAUAUAAUUA